CGCACAUGCGCAGUCAUACACAGCGGCAUGCGCAUUGUUAGUGGGUCGGCACUGGGAAGCUGGGAAGGAAGAGCUGCUCGGAGCGUAUUAAAGGUCCACAUGCGGCAGCACAGCCGCGCAGCAGCUAUGGCUCAUCAAGAUGCAGAGCCUUGGUACGCAGCACGGAUGUAUGCCAGGUAUUGGAAACAUUAUAGCCAAGCUAUGCAUUGGCUGUAUAGGCACAAGAGGGCAUACAGACUGGCUGUAGCUUCUCUGUGCUCACCGCCAUGGUACCCAGUUGACAGUUUUCAAACCAGUCGCUAUGCAGAUUGGGAAGGGGGGGAACAAUCUCGAAGAAAUGUCUACUCAAGGUCCCAAAAUCAGGCCGUGCAACCCAGAAGGACACGUCCAUGCUUAAAGGUGUCGGAGUCAAAAGAAAAGGUGUCUGACAUGGAAUGUGAACAAGAAGCAUCUGAUUCAGAAGAGGAGGGGAUUGAAUGCGACCUGAGCAAUAUGGAAAUCACAGAAGAACUGCGGCAGUAUUUUGCAGAGACCGAAAGACAUAGAGAGGAACUAAAGAAACAACAGGAAAUUGAAGCAGAAAUUCACGAGCAGUAUGUUGACGCAGAUCAUGGGCUACAUAUUGCCACAAGACGAUCAACACAGCCUCCUUCAGAGAGACCAGGGGAGAGACGCAAGGAAGGAAUGAAGAGACUGUAUGGCGAGGAUGCAGCUAAAAUUCAAGGAAUGGAGACUGCAAUACAGCUCAACUUUGACAGGCAUUGUGAUAAAAAGCAGCCCAAGUAUUGGCCCAUCAUCCCAUUAAAAUUAUAAACCUUCGGGGCCUAUUCCAAAACACCAUUAUGGAAAUGUUAUAUAAACAACUACCCAGCUGUGCCAACACGUGUCAACAAAAUUACUGGGAUUUCACAUUUGCAGUCUUCAUGUACUGACCUAUAGCGGGUGGGUUAUAAUAACCAUAUAUAUUGCACAUUUGGAUUUAGUAAUUAUCAUUCAUGAAGUUUAUUGUACAUUUUUCCCAAUAUAAUAAAAUAUUUUUUGUUAAACAGUU